AUGGGCCUGCGGCCGCUGCUCGCUGCGGUCAAGUGCAACAACAUGGUCAUGGCCGGCCUGCUCAUCGACCACGGUGCCCACGUCCAUCAGCAGAAUUGUAAGCGAUCAGAGCUGCACGCCCUGGCCGAGACCCAGGAGGGUCCCUACCCUGAUUUGCCGGCGACGGUUGGAGCGAGGUGGGUCAACACGGUGCAAAGAUGGGCCAUGCCUUCGCCCGCGGUCAAGUUCUGGCAGCUGCUCCUGGACAUUGGCGCCGGUCCGAACUGGCCGGACCGGCACGGGAUGACACCAUUCCAUGUGGCCUGCGCACGCGGCAACUGGCCGGUCGUCCAAUUCCUCCUCCAAGGCAAACACGUGAGCGAUGUCGACAAAGCCGACGAGCAGGGCGAAACGGCGCUGCACUACGCCGCGCGCUAUGGUCACGCCGCUGUCGUGUCGCUCCUUCUCUCUUCGCGAGCCGACACGCGGCUGAUUAGCAAGCACGGCAACCCCGCCGAGUCUAGUUCAGAGACGAAGGCUGAUGGAGGCCUCAUUACGGCUGGUCAGGUGGCGAGAGCGGCGGGCCACGUGGCCGUGGCGGAGCUCAUCGAAAGCUGGAGCUAUCGGGCGUGUCCCCUCUUGUUCAUGCCCUUCGGCGCGCUGGUGCACGUGAUGGCCCUCCUGGAGCCCCACGACCUGUGCUCUGUUGCCCAGACCUGCUCGACACUGAACGAAGUGAGCAGCGACGACCACGUGUGGCGCCGCUUCUGCAAUGCGCGGUGGAGCAGCGAUGACAAGGGGUACGAGGGCAGGCGAUGGAAGGCGCGCUACAUGGCCUGGCUCCAGCCCCGCCUCAAGCAGUACGCCACCAGUAAAGCGAGAGGAUUCACCGGAGCCGCAGCCUCUGCGCGGCCAUCAACGCAUCAAUCCGAGGACUACGACCAUCUUUUCAAGUUCAACCUCAUCGGCGAUAGCGGUGCGGGCAAGACUUACCUCCACACUCGCUUUCUGCCCAAAUUCCAUCGACACCACUCCAGCACCAUCGGCGUUGAAUUUGGCAGCAGGACAAUCGAGAUGUGCGGCCAGCGCAUCAAGCUGCAAGUGUGGGACACGGCGGGCCAGGAACGUUUCCGCAGCAUCACGGGGGCGUAUUACCGAGGGUCGCGCGGCCUGCUGGUGGUCUACGACAUCACCGCGCGAAGCUCGUGGAAGAAUGCCAAGUAUUGGGUCGAAGAGGUGCGGCGAAGCCUGGCCGAUGAUGUUGACAUGAUGCCCUUCAUCCUUGUUGGAACGAAGAACGACUUGGAGCAUCAGAGGCAAGUGUCGCCGGAGGAGGGCCAGGCGCUAGCCCUGGAGUUGGGCGCCGCCGGCUGGGCCGAAACCAGCAGCCGCACCGGAAGCGAAGUGGAGAACACGUUCCUGCGCCUGACCGAGGCAGCUCUGCUGGGUGUGGACCCGUUCUCCAGCUACGGCGCGGGUCCCGAGUGCUGCGUCCCUAGCGCAGAGGUGCUGCAGGCGCUCUACGACAAGUCGAGCACGGGCCGGGCGGAAAAGGAGCGGAUUGCAGCCUUGGCUCGGUCUAGCCAGUGCCUACUCCAGUAG